GCUAAUUUGGCGGAUAAGGAAGUGAACAACUUGAAGGAUCAAUUAACCACCAACACUGACACCACCACCAACACACUGGCCACCGCCAAUAGCAGCGACAUACCAGCCGACAUAGACGACUUCAGCAGCGUGGCUGCCGCCGCACUUGCCGCCAAUAGCAGCGCAUGCACAACAACAACAGACAGCAACACCACCACCACCACCACGUCCACCAGCAACACAAUCCCACCAAGCACCAAACUGCUUUCGCCCACCAACGCCACAUACAACAGUAUCGCCGCCGGCUUUAAUAGCCCGAAUAACAUACACAAUAAUAACAACAAUACAAAAUUGCUGAACAGCGUCGCUGCGGCGAUAACGUUACAUCAGAACGGUGGCAAUUUAUUGGCGUCCACCAGUACGAAUACACCCUCCCCUUCGCCACCGCUAUCUGCGGACGGUUGCAGCAUUGCCGCCGCUGCUGCUGCCGCUGCCGCGUGUGGCAAUAGCAGCGUUUCACCGCUGAGCGCCGCACUAAACGGCGUUAACGGUUGCCUCAAUCCAAAGCUCUUCUUCAAUCACGCCCAACAGAUGAUGAUGGAAGCAGCGGCUGCUGCCGCCGCUGCUGCUGCAGCUGCCGUGCAACAGCAACAAUCACCGCUGCAUUCGCCAUUGCAUGCCGCGCAACAUAUGGACGACGAUGAAAUGGAUGAGGAUGAUUGCGCCGGUGCGACUGGCGUGGAUGCUAGCAAAUUGAUCACCAGCCUCACAGCCGAAAUGAAGUUGGUGAAGCGUGCGGGAGACGAUGAUGUUGACGAGGAAGAGGAGGAUAACGAAGACGCCGAUGAGAACGCGAAUGCGCGUAAGCGCAGCAGCAAUGCUCCAGAUCAGGAGCGCUUGGAGGAGCAGCGUUUGGGUGGCGAUGAAAAUGCCAAUGGAAAUGUGUGUGGUCAAAGAACUGAUGAUAGUAGCUUAAACGUUAGCAGUAGCGAUAGCAAUAAAAAAACUAGUUGUAGUGUAAACAAAAGUAAUUGUGCAAGAAAAACAAAAACAACAAAAGCCGCUGUGGAUGGCAACACUGAUAGUGCCGCUGAAAUUGGUGAUGAUUGCAUUGAUAAUGAGGAUGACGAUGACGAUAAUCAUGCAAUGUCGGUGAAUGCAACGGAAGUCAGGCGUAUGGAAAUUGAUGGCGGCGAAAGUGGUGAGAGUGGGAAAAUCGACGCAACAAUAAAGCCGAAUGCGGUAGGAAACAAUCAUGCUGAAUUAUUAGCUGCCAAAGAUAAAGAGGUAUGUAACACCAAAACCAACCAUUAAAAAAAAGUUGUGAAAUAUGCCACGUAAGUAAAAGAAAAUAUGGCCGUAAUGCUUAGU